GAAUUGUGUUUACGAUUUUGUUCUCGGAGGUGUGCCCAUUAAGAUGUGAAUCAUCGCUCCGCGGAGUGAGUCAUAUCGUUAAAUCAAUCACUGGAUUUAAAUUCAGCCGGCAGCAACAUGUGGUGCUCUAAUCGAAGCGGAGGCUGUCAUCGUUUGUUGUGCCGGUUUAUGUUUUUGUUGUUUGUGUGCGAAUUGGAGCUUGCAUCUGCUGCCGAUGCGGUGUCUGCGGAUGAAGAAAUACAACCUUUAAAAGAAAACUCAGAUCUGUCAGCUCCACUAGAGGUGCUGGUGGAAGAGAUGACACCUACUUCCGUUCAUCUGACGUGGAAGCCUCCCCCUGCGCCUAAAGGGCAAAACCUCAAACUCUUCACUUAUUCGCUGGUGGUGACGCCCCUCACACAGUACGGACAUGGUUUAGAAAAAGAGUUCAGCCUGCCCCCCACGGUGACGGGUCAGCGGGUGGAGGGUCUGAUCGAGGGCACCCGGUACGCGGUGCACCUGUCCGCGGUGUGGGGCGAGGCGGGGCGCCGACCGAGUCACGACGCCCUGAUGCGAGUGUCCGCCCCAAAGUUCACGGUCGCCCUGCCCAUGGAGAUGCAGCAGAGGGACAUCCCCGUCGGAGAUGACGGGCUGCCCGAAGGCGAGCCCGCCUGCAACUGUAGCGAACCGGGCAUGGUUGCUUGUACUCGUCGCCCGGGCUUCGUGGAAUGCGCCUGCCAACCGGGGUACGCGGGCGCAUGGUGUGAAGAGUGUGCCCCGGGGAACUUUCGAGCCGGCAAAGAGUGUGUCCUCUGCCCCUGCUCUAACCUCACUUCUACUGCUGAGUGCAAAAUGGAAACAAGUGGUCAAGUGUCCUGUGUGCAAUGCCUUCCCGGACAUAGAGGCAGUCUAUGCACAUCGUGCACGGCUGGAUACCAGUGGACAGAGGACAAGUGCACACCCUUAAACUGUCUCAGUUCCAGUCUUUGUGCUGAACAAAGAAACGCACCUGGUUGUGAGGACUGCAUCUUUUUCGAGAACAGAUUUCCUACUACAGCACACAGGAGUAAUUCAGACCGAAGCAUCGCUGAUGGAACUCUACCGCUGAUUGCCGUAAUCGUAACUCUGGGAGUAUUGCUUCUGGUGGCUGCCAUGGCCACCUGCUACAGAUACUGGGACCAUCGUCGACAUCAACCUCGAAUUCCAUUCUGGAGCAUCGAGUUGCAAGACGAGAAGACAGAUCUGCACUCUCACUGUCAAUACCAACACUUAGAUGCCGCCACGAAUAGAGCCGUGUCUAGAGAGGAAGGAACGACUGCACCCACAACCACUGGGGAGAUCGGGAGGUUAAAUGGUGAUUCCAUCAGACGGACUUACAACACGAUGGAUGUCUGAUGGAGAGGACAAAUGGACAGAAGUAAUAUGAAUAGUCCUGCGAAGUUUCGUUUUUGCAUCAACAAA